AGCCUUUCUACGGGGACAGGAGGGAAAGAGUCUUCGUUUCAAUGGAAUAAAAACUGCGCAGUUUCUUGAAAGACUGCCCGCUCGGAUCAGCGGUGAACCGUUCCUCUCUGUGUGAAAUGGAUCUCAGUUGUGUUUUUGGAUGAUUAAGGUGUCCACUGCAACCAAUGCUGCCUUUCAGGCUUCUGAGGAGAAGCUGCUUUUUUUACCAGGUGGUCUUCAGGGGGAGGAAGAGCAGCUAAAAGAGCUGUGCAAUCGUUUAGAAUGACUGUGCAGAGAUGCAAAGAUCAGUGGUGAGACUAUCAGUCAUGUUGUGGCCAGCGGGUGAACAGCCUGCCGUGGAUGUAUGUGCGUGUACAGCGCUCAUGGAUGUUGAAUGGUGGGGGUUUUUUUGGGGAGAGAGAUUUUAGGGGGCUGCGUCAUCCGUGGCUGCGAGAGGAGAUGGACUCUCCUGCACAUUCACCACACUGUUUAAACAGCGACAGGGAUCACGGCGCCUCCCCAACAUAUUUGGCAUUCUGCAGGAAAAGAGAAGAGACGAGGAGUAUGGCCAUGCACUACCAUGCUGUGUUUGAACCACCGUGACUUUUGUGUCAGUCUGGGUGACCUGCACUAGGCUAGAAUGAACAAAAUAAAAUGAAAGUUGCAGAUGUAGCCUUUGAAGAUGGACUGCACCAUCUGCUGAUGGAAAAUCCUUUCAUCUAGAGGAACCAUCUGCAUUUGGCCGCGACUCUGGGAGCACCCUUCUGCUCAGGAGGUGGGAGGUGUCAUGGUGGCCUGCUGAAAAAAAAACGGCCCACAUUGUCUAUGAUCACCCCAGGGUUGAGGAGACCCCAGAGGGAUGAUUGGCAGCCCGAGCUGAGACUCAAUACAACUGAGAAUCAAUAACUUGGUGCUACUCUAAAAGCCAAUAGGCUUUUGGAUUCUUGGUGCUGAAAACAGAAGAGUCAGACAGUACCAGUACUCUUAGUGUUGGAGUGAGGCCCUCUCUGUGCUGCAGUGGAGGGCUUCACACACACAGCUAUUCUGGCUGAAUGCAUCACGCAGUAGAGCAGUUCGGCGGGCGUGGCACACGGGAUUCCUUCCCUCUGGACGGACUCAACCGGGGACCAUGGGCUCCUGUGGGCGGCCGCGCCUGGCAGCCACCUCCCAGAUGUCCACCUGGGAUGAACCAACACCAGUUCCUCCCCCAUCUACCUCCUGGUCCUAUGGGAGGACUCAACCACCCCAGUAAAUACUUUAAUAAUGGGCCCAUGAGAGGAGGUGAGAAGCUUGAACUCCCACAGCCAGUGUUGCCAGGCCUGCAAAGGGAGCAGCAGAGACCUCCUCAUCUUCAUCCUCCACCUCCUCACAGAGCAUGGGAACAAUUAGGUCAGCUGUAUGAAUCGCACCUCCCUCCUCAAGGACAUCCAGGUGUGCCCCUGCCCAAUGAGCACUCUCUACGUCUCCAUAAUGGAAGCUACGCUGGCAGUGGUGGACCUCCCCCCAACUCACAUGUUCCUCACACACGGCCCAGUCAACUGCUGAAGUUUGGGGGUCCUCAGGAGCAGCAUGUUCCCCGGGGUGCACAAUUGCUGGGAGAUGAGAUGUGGGCUCAGGUGCACCAGCAGAAAGGUUAUCCAGGGAAGAUGCUAGGGGGUCAGCUGAAGAGACCAGGACCUCCGCUGGGAGAGCACUCAGUUAUCCAGCACACUCCUCCUCCAUCCCUGCAUCCGUCAUCCCAUCUUCCUGCUGCAGAGGACUGUCCCAGCCCCAACAAGAAGAAAAAGAGUUCAGAUCAGGUAUCCCAUCCUGGGCUACAGCGUUUCCCUGGUCGUGGCCAACCCAUGUCUCAGCAGCAGCCAUCACUCCACCACCACCCCCCAAAACCUUUCUGGAACCCUCUUCACAAGGACAACCCUCCCUGGCAGCCUCACGCCUCUGACUGCAACCCAUCACAGGAGUUCCAGGAAACCAACAAACAAAGAAUGGGCAGCUACACCCAAAAGUCCUCUCCUGCCUCUUCCACCUCUUCAAACCUCUCCCCUACACCAAACUCUUCUCCAAGAAGCUACAACCAGGGAUGUGCUCCUCAGCCCCAGAAAGACACAUUCCAGUCUCAGGCUGUACACCAUCGGUCCCCUAACUCUACCUACCCUAGCCCCAGCUCCAAACUGGGACUGGCUCCACCCUGCCAGUCCACCGAACCUUGUGGUUCUCACAACCAGAGAGGCCCUCCCAUUGGGGGCCAUGGUGGCAGCCAAGCUACCUCUUACUCAGCAUCUACCCUAACCAGGGGGGACAGAGAUCCACAUGGGCAAUCUUCACCAGCAAACCCCCCUGCAACCAGCAAGAGCAGCAGCAGCAGUGUGCCUUACAGCCACUUCCAGCCUCAUCCAGGGCUGGGGCACCAGGGUCCCUCUCUUCCUCCUCCUCCCCCUCCUCCUGCUCCUCUUGCCAGCAACACCUCAGUAUCUCAGCAACAGCAAAGUCGGCCACAUGAGGCCUGGAGAUACCAGAGCAGGCCCAGUAGUCACUCCCUGGAGUCGCGCAUCUUCAGGCCUCCAGGACUACUACCUCAGCACCAGCAGAGCCACAAUCAGGUCAUAGAUAGUCGGGUUCCUUCCCAGCAUCACCAUCACAUCAAUCCUUCCCUGCCCCCAACCAACUCUACCCGAGCACCUGUUAUUACCCCUAAUGUUCCUUUAUCCCAGACCUCCAACUCUGUUAGUGGCUUCAGCAGCUCAAGAGGGGUCACAGUAAACACAUCUCCCUCUACUGGCUGCUCGGUGAACAAUGGCAACAGUAACAGCAGUUGGCAAACAGGACGAGAGCCAAGACCUAAAACCUCCAUCAAUCCUGUCAUCAGCGCCACCUCUCAGCUGGAUGCUGUACAGCAACCGGGUUGUCAAAGAAGAGGACACGCUCCCACUGCCACCCAGCAUCAGCAACAGGGGCUCCCUAGACUACAACAACAGGGACAGGCCAAGUCCCAACCCAUGAAAGAGAAGACGUCAUAUUAUCCUCAGGCUGAAGUGGCGCAUCAUCCUGCCUUUUCCUCACCUUCUUUGUUCUCCUCAGGGCAUCAGAGAACAGGGGACAGUGUGAUAACAAGCAGAGGUUCAAAUCUACUUCCUCACUCUCCUUCUACAUACUGCCCAGCUCCUCACUCAGCGGUCAACUCUGUGAAUCAGCCUUCCAGUCAAAUCGUCUCCUCCAGAUUGGGUCGUCACCAGGAUUCUGUCUCAACACAGUUCCAGAUUAAUCCACCUGCUUCAACCACUGUACCCCAAUCUAUCGGGGAGGCUCUAGACAAGCUUGAUGCUGAGCUAGAAGGUCACAUGCAAGCUGAGGAAAGGAGGAGGAGGGACAGAGAGGAGCAGGAGCAAAAACUGAGAGAAGAGGAGAGAAGGAAGAAAGAAUGGGAGAUGAGACAAAAGCAAGAAGAGGAGAGGAAGAGGAAAGAGCUGAAAAAGGAGGAGGAAAGAAAAAAGAGAGAACUGGAGAGACAGGAAGAGGAGAGGAGAAGGAGAAAUUGGGAGAGGCAGGAGCAAGAGAGAAAGAGGAGGCAGGAAGAGGAGAGGAAAAGAAGAGAGUUGGAGCGGCAGGAGGAGAGGAAAAAGAGAGAAUUUGAGAGACAGGAAGAGGAGAGGAAAAAGCGAGAAUGGGAGAAGAAGGAGCUGGAAAGGAAGAGGAGAGAACAAGAGCGGCGAGAAGCAGAGAGGGAGGUGCAGGAGAGAAAGAAGAGAGAGCUGGAGAGGCUGGAAGAAGAAAAGAAAAAACAAAGAGAACUUGAGAAGCAAAAGGAGGAUAGAAAGAGGAUGGAGGUAGAAGCAUGCUGUGCAAAAGGCAAAGAGCAGACUGCUAUUGAAAAUCUGGAGAGACUGCUUGCUAGCAACUCCUCCCUAACUCCUCCACCUCCCCGCCUUUCCUCUGUUGCUGCACCUGCUUCAGGUCCAUCACCUCCCAAUUCCCAAGUCUCACCCACAUAUCCCUGGCUAAGUCGUGGUGGUGUCCUGCCCUGUCCACCAGGUCAGACACUCACAACUACUACUCCGGCAGAGAGGCUGCAGCCUCCUCCUCUCACACCUCAGACUGAAUAUGCCAGAGAAAAGCAGAGGCAGAGGGAGAUGUGGAGCAACAAUGGUGGAAUGACAUUCAGUCUCCCAUCAACACACAAUACCUCAGGGAUGAACAAGCCGGUAUACCCCAACAAGCCCCCGGCAAUGCAAGCCGCACCCACCCAAUCCAAAGACACAUCAAGAGAGAGAGAAAGCAGCCAUCACUCUCUCCCUAUCAUGGCACUUCGAGAGCCCCCCAAACUCUAUCAGGCUUUUCCCAGAGAAAACCAUCCACCACCACUCUCAUCCUCCAGCUCCACUGGAGGAAUUCUUAACAAGCAUGUGACAGGAAGUGGUAGUGACUCAGACAGUGCACAGUUUGAGGAGGAACCCUCUGAGAUGUCCACACUGCUCCCUGAUGGUCUUGCAAACAUUAUGGCUAUGCUGGACGAGUCUAUCAAAAAGGAAGAGGAGAUGUAUGACAGUGAGAAGAUUGGCUCUACAGGUCUCUUUGACAGCUUUUCCUCUCAUGUCCAGCCCAUCAAGAGCUACCUGUGUGCUCCAGACCUGGUUCCUGCAACAAAGCAUCAACACAACCAGGAAGAUUUUGGCUCCAACCUUCAUGCAAGCCCUCCUGUGCUCAGCCGCCAAGGCUCUCUGGCAUCUCCUUGCAGUCGGACAUCUUCCCUCAAUGAGGAGGAUGAGGAAUACCUCAAACCCUCUUCAGUUGUUGCUAAACAGUCAGUAGAAAUGGGAAUGGGAGUAGGAAACACCAAUUACCGUCACAGUGACCUUGCUAAACUUUACGGCCUCCCUGAGCAGACUAAAAGUGAGGCUGAUGAAGAUGAGGAGGAGGAAGAUUCUGAGACCCCAUCUUGUUCUCCACCACCCCAAAGACCCCACCUUCACCAAACGGGUGUUAACAGCAUGUUUAAGUCUCUAGCAACAGUGUUAGAAAGCCAGAAGUAUGCAUACAGAGGUGGACCCUUUGGCAGACCCCCUCCAUCAGCGCUGGUUGGGGUCAAAUAUUCAUCUUCACUGUCUCUAGGUCCUGAUAUUUGCCGUCAGCAGCAAAGUGGUUCUCCCACAUCGGAUUCGACAAAUCCACCAUUUAGUCCUGCCGUCCCUGCUCUUAAGUCCUCUCCUCCUCUGGUGGAAGACGCAAAACUGAAAACAGAGGAUGCUGACAUCUGGAGAGAUAAUGGAGAAAGAACAGAAGAAAUUAUGAACUCUAUAAAGAAGGAGAGCAUUCCUCCCAUUAAGCCUAUUAAGGUGGUUAAGGAUGAGCAACAGCUGAUGACCAUCUCUGAGUCUUCUCUAGCAGAGCUGGGGAAGAGCUGUGAGAUCAUGCUCAGUCAACAGUCACUUCCUAACAAGAAGGCAGAUGGCAGAGGGGUGGAGAGCCACAAACCUGAGAAAGUAAAAGAACAUAGAGAUAAAGACAGAAACAGGGACAGAGAGAGGGAGAAAGAGAAGAAGAAGAAGCAUGGCCACAGCCACAGCAGUAGCAGAAAACGUGAAGAAAGAAAAGAAAAGAAGUAUAGAGAAAGGAGAGAGGAGAUGGAUUUUUCUACAGCAUCUUCAUCAUCAUCUUCCACCCAUUCUAGCUCCAGCCACAAACGCCACAAAGAUGGCAAGAGCCACAAGGAGAAGAAGGACCGCAGAAUUCUUGGGGACCUCAACCUCCAGAGUAAAGAGGGGUCAGAGAAAAACAGGAGUCACCAUGACACAGACAAAAAGAAACGCAAGGAAGCAUCAGGUGCCAGCUCUACCAGUGAAGGAGAGCAUGCUGAAUGGACCUCAAGGAGUCCUGGAGAAAGAUCUUCUGAGCACAAAAAAAGCUCUGAGGCUGGUUCUUCAUUAGGUUCCACAGACUUGUUGAAACUGAAGGCUCUGUCUGAUGGGCCACCCAAAGAGCUAAAGAUCCGCCUUAUCAAAGUGGAGAGUGGGGACAGGGAGACAUUUAUAGCCUCUGAGGUGGAGGAAAAGAGAAUCCCAUUGGGAGAAAUCAGCAUCAAGAAUACAGCCAGUGAAAUCAUCAAGUCCUGCAAGGCAGCCAGGAUCAAAGGGAAGUUCAAAGAAUCUUACUUGCUCCCAGCCUUCUCUGUAAAGCCCAUCAUGACCACAGAGGAGCCCAUACCAAGAGAGAAACUCAACCCUCCUACGCCCAGUAUCUAUUUGGAGAGCAAGAGAGACGCCUUCUCCCCUGUGCUGCUGCAGUUCUGUACUGACUCUAAAAAUCCUGUGACUGUCAUCAGAGGCCUCGCUGGAUCCCUACGACUUAACCUGGGGCUGUUUUCGACUAAGUCACUGGUGGAGGCCAAUGCAGAGCAGGCAGUGGAGGUGAGGACUCAGGUGCAGCAGCCUGCUGAUGAAAAUUGGGACCCCAGUGGGACAGGUCAGACAUGGCCCUGUGAGAGCAGCCGCUCCCACACCACCAUCGCCAAAUAUGCCCAGUACCAGGCCUCCAGCUUCCAAGAGAGUCUGCAGGAGGAGAAAGGCAGUGAUGAGGAGGAGGAGGAGGAGGAUGACAAGGAGAAGAAGCCAUCCAACAGUUCUGAAACUCCCAUUAAGGAGAACUCUAAAGAAAGUAGCAGUGGUGAGCAGAAACCUGUCGGGAAGAUCAUUAAGUUUGGCACCAACAUUGACCUGUCGGAUCCCAAAAGGUGGAAGUCUCAGCUUCAGGAGUUACAGAAGCUGCCAGCUUUCAUGAGAGUGGCAUCCAGUGGAAAUAUGCUGAGUCAUGUAGGACACACAAUCCUCGGUAUGAACACUGUCCAGCUCUACAUGAAGGUUCCAGGGAGCCGCACACCAGGUCACCAGGAGAAUAAUAACUUUUGCUCUGUGAACAUCAACAUUGGUCCUGGAGACUGUGAGUGGUUCUCUGUCCAUGAGAACUACUGGGAGGCCAUCAAUGACUUCUGUGAGAAGCAUGGUGUGGACUACCUGACAGGGUCCUGGUGGCCGGUACUGGAGGACCUUUACAAGGCCAACAUCCCAGUGUACCGCUUCAUCCAGCGGCCUGGAGACUUGGUGUGGAUCAAUGCUGGAACUGUUCACUGGGUUCAGGCUGUAGGCUGGUGCAAUAACAUUGCCUGGAAUGUUGGACCUCUGAAUGGUUACCAGUACCAGGUGGCCCUGGAACGCUUUGAGUGGAAUGAAGUGAAGAAGGUGAAGUCCAUCGUCCCCAUGAUUCAUGUGUCCUGGAAUCUGGCACGCACUGUCAAGGUCACAGACCAAGAAACAUACAAGAUGCUCAAACACUGCCUGCUGCAGUCCAUGAAGCACAUCCAGAUCCUCAGAGACCAACUGGUUGCUGAAGGCAAGAAGAUUUCAUACCAGAGUCGGGUCAAGGACGAGCCUGCCUACUACUGCAAUGAAUGUGAUGUGGAGGUGUUCAAUUUGUUGUUUGUGACGAGCGAGAGCAGCAGCAGGAAAACAUAUGUUGUUCACUGUGAAGACUGUGCACGUCAGCGUAGCCCCAACCUGACCAACGUUGUGGUGCUGGAGCAGUACCGCACAGAAGAACUCAUGAGUGCAUACGACUCCUUCAGCCAGGCCUCCUCCUCCCGGUGAUGGAGCUCCCCUCCUGCAUCUUCUCAGCCAUAACCAAAAUUCCUGCAAGACGGGACAAAAAAAGAGACAGUCUUCAACUUAACCAUUCAUUAUUUAAGAUCCUUUUUGCUACUACUGCUAAUACUUGCUGAACAGCCAGUUGAAUACGUUUACUCAUCCUUACUGUUUACAAAAAGGAAAUACCAAGCCGCCAAUACAAUACCAGUUUACUCUCAAAUGGUGCUUUCAAAUUGAAACCCUGGCAGCGACAGUGAUGUUGGGAACCAGGGGGCAGUUGGUGCUGCCAUUGAACAAAAUGUGGCUCGGUGAUGAUUUCAAUGGCGUGUUUCUGUCAGUACCAGAAAGAACUUUGUUGUUGUUGUUGUCUUGAAUACUGAAAUUUGUACAAGCUGUUUGCAAUUUUUGUGGGGUGCUGUCCUUUUUUAAGUAAUUUAUUUUAUUCUUUUUCUAAACUAGAUCAGCCUAGAUAUAUACCACAUUGGC